AUGUGCUGGGGAGGCUCUCCCGAUUGUAACCCGAUUGAGCAUUUAUGGGCAAGUGUAAAACGAGAAUUACGUGGCUACCAGUUUUCUUCCAAGGAUGAGCUUUGGGACAAGGUGCAAGAGAUUUGGAAGUCGAUUUCACCACGGACACUCGAGGAAUUGGUUGCAAGUAUGCCAAGUCGAAUGAAAGAGAUCAUUAAAGCUCAAGGAGGACCGACCAGAUAC